CCCCCGCGCGCGCACCACUGCAGGGUGUGCGGCCGCUGCGUCCGCAAGAUGGAUCACCAUUGCCCCUGGGUGAACAACUGCGUGGGCGAGGGCAACCAGAAGUACUUCGUGCUCUUCACGCUCUACACGGCGCUGGCGUCGCUGCACCUGCUGCUGCUGCUCGGCGUGCCCGUCCUGCGCAGCUUCGCGCGCGGCGAGUGGGGCGCACACAGCACCUUCUCGCCCCGCGGCUCGCUCGUCUUCCUCUUCCUGGUGGCCUUGAAGGGCUUCCUCUUCACGACCGUCAUGUUCUCGACCCAGCUGUACGCCAUCUGCGCCGACAGAACCAGGAUCGAGCAGCUGCAGAGGGAGCGGGGCGGGCGGCGCCGAUCCCGGUGGAUGAACUUCAAGGCCGUCUUUGGCCACCGCGUCUCGGUGGCCUGGAUCAGCCCCUUUGCUGCCCCGGAACCUCAGAAAGUACAUGGCCAGCACGAUGUGGUCUGAGAACGUCCCACUGAUGCAGGCCACCCUGAGCACACGCUUGGGGGACGCUUGGGGGGACGCGGGACAAAGCAAGGCCCUAAGCCACGCCCUGUUGGGGGGUGUGGGCCGCGGCUGGGGGCACUGCCUUGCGGUCACGUGGUCUACAAAUAAAGUAUCCGGGCAG